AUGAAAAGGACGGCAGUUCGCGACCCACCACAAUCGGUCCGACGAAGUAACCGCCGACAAGCAUGCGCCUCCGCCUCGCGACGGACAGGGGAGCCCGAAAUGAUAGACCUUGCAGCCAAUAGCUCUCCCUCGACGUCUCCUCCCUCAUCACCGUUGCUGCCUAGACCACCGAUUGUCACGCCAUUGCUCGCCGACUCUUCUCCUCUGCGCGCUAGACGAAUGCCGCACCGGCCUCCCUCGCCUCCUCCGCCUUCAACCGACUGCCCUCCUUCGCCUCCACCAACUUCCAAUAUCACGCCACCAUCUUCACCACCUGCGGCAGUCGCCACCAUCGCUCCGCCACCAUCAUCGCCGCCGGUAGAUACGAGCCCUAAUUUGGGUGGUGAGGUUAGUCCUAUUUCAAGCCAUAAUCUGCCUGUGGAGGGUUUAACAACAUCUGAUUCAUCUGAGGAUGAAAACUUUGUUCCACCUAAAUCUCCCUCCACUGUAUUGAGUCCUUCAAAGUUAUAUUUCUUGACUUGGUAUGAUCAACCUUGUGCACACAUGCCCGAAGCCACUGUUUUGACUGACUCUACACCUCACAUUGUUGAGGAUGAAAUUGUUGGGCUUGAUCACAUUGAAAUGCAUGAUAGGGAAGAGGUUUAUGACACCCCACAUAGUGAGGCUGAUUCAGAAGCCAACAUAAGGAAUUUGACCCCAAUUCCUACUAAAAAGAUAAAGGGAUUGGGAAGGAUUUUUGCUGCCAGGGAGUUUUACGCCGAAGCUUGUGUAUUGAGCACUACAAAGAUUAAGGUCUGGGGUGUUCGGGUGAGUAUCUCGGCCAAGGCUAUUAAUAAGCUUUUAGGCCUUUCACCCCCGGCCGAGACUGAUUUUGAGACACUUUCCCAAUCGGCUUCAUUUGCUAAACUGGAGGAAAUUGGUAGGGAGCUUGGGAAGGCCGGAACCGGGUGGGAUGUCCAUAGUAACUACAUGUUACGGACUUAUAGGGCUUCGAACUUAAAUCCCGAUGCUAAUGUAUGGAUGAACUUCAUUUGA